ACAGCGAGAGGCGCUAAAGCGCAGUCCAGCUCUCCCAUACCGAUAAAAUCAAGCGUAGAAGAAGCAAACCCGGAAGUGUCAAUGCUGUGUUGUCAUUUUCUUACGAAGAUGUCUGGACACGAUCACCUGUCCAUCUGUUUGUGUGAUUUAAUCAGGUUGUUGUGGUCACUGCUCUUGCCAUGCUUCUACCUCUGUCUCUUCCUGACGGGAGUGCUUUUCCUGUUAAUCGCUGGGAUUCGUGCUUGGCUUCAGUCCAGGAGGAAAGCGCGUCGAGCUCAAGAUGGACGACCCGCUGUCGCCUUCUUCCACCCGUAUUGUAAUGCAGGAGGUGGAGGAGAGAGAGUGCUCUGGUGUGCCAUUAGAGCCCUGCAGAACAGGUACUCAGAUGUGGAUUUUGUCAUAUAUACAGGCGAUCAAGGUGUUACGGGCGAGCAGAUUGUGGACGGAGCUCGACGCCGCUUUAACAUCCGCCUGCCACGUCCAGUCCGCUUUAUAUUCCUAAAACAUCGUUUUUUUGUAGAGGCUAGUCUUUACCCCCACUUCACCUUGCUGGGGCAGAGCAUCGGCUCACUUUUCCUGGGCUGGGAGGCACUCACGGCUUUUACUCCUGAUCUCUACAUCGACUCCAUGGGCUACGCUUUCACGCUGCCCAUCUUCCGUUACCUGGGUGGAUGCAGAGUGGCCAGCUAUGUGCACUACCCCACCAUCAGCACAGACAUGCUGUCAGUGGUCCGUGACCGAAACCCAAGGUUCAACAACGCAGACUACAUCAGUAAUAACCCUAUUCUGAGUGCCAUUAAGGUGGUGUAUUACUGCGCCUUUGCCCUGCUAUACGGUCUCGCCGGCUCCUGCAGUGACGUGAUCAUGGUCAACUCCACCUGGACGCUGGGUCACAUCCUGGCACUGUGGCGCGCCCCGAAUCGCACCAACGUCAUCUACCCUCCCUGCGACGUCCAGGCUUUCCUUGACGUCCCCCUGGACGAAGAAGAGGACAAAGACAGAGAUCAGAAACGCCACUCCAUAGUAUCAGUGGCCCAGUUUCGACCGGAGAAGGACCAUCGGCUGCAGGUCAGAGCCUUCCAGAAAUUUUUGGACAGGCGUGGGGAGCAGCCCGGCAGGAGGGAGAUGGUGAAGCUGGUGCUGAUUGGUGGAUGCCGCAAUCAGGAAGAUGAGGACAGGGUGCUGAUGCUGAGGGGGCUGUGCCAGGAGCUAGGCGUGGCCGAUAGGGUGGAGUUUAAACUGAAUAUCCCAUUUGAGGAGCUGAAGAAGGAGUUAGUGGAUGCUACGAUCGGCCUGCACACCAUGUGGAACGAACAUUUUGGCAUCGGUGUGGUUGAGUGCAUGGCUGCUGGGACGGUGAUCCUGGCCCACAAGUCUGGUGGUCCUAAGCUAGAUAUCGUGGUGCCAUAUGAUGGUGGCAUCACAGGUUUCCUGGCUGAUGAUGAAGAGAGUUACGCUGAUGCCAUGGAGCGGAUUUUCGCCAUGACGCCUGCAGCGCGGCUGGAGAUCCGGCGCCGGGCGCGGCAGUCGGUCAGCCGCUUCUCUGACCGGGAGUUUGAGGCAUCCUUCUUGGCAGCUGUGGAACCUUUGAUGGGCACUUUGGAGAGAUGAAGUUUGUGAAGGGAAGACAGGAGGUUAAAAGCUCAUUACUACUGAGUUAGAGUUAGUUCAGGCCUUGCAGAAGAUUCUUGUGUAUAUAUAAAAAAAUCAUGUAGAUUUUGGUGUCUUUAGAGAUGCUUUGUGGUUAAACACAAGAGCUGCAGUAUUUAUAAUGUGUGCUUGACCUUCCUAGCUCACAAAACCCACUUUCAUAACUUGACUCUAAAAGAUAAGCUGAUUUCAUCUGAUCCAAGACCGACCUCGAAUAAGAGAUAAAAAAUACAUUAAAAAAACCUGCCCUCUGAUCAGCUGUAAAGGGAAUGUGUCCAGCACACUUGGCAAGAUGAAGCCGAUGUGACUAGAGUCCAGUGAGCAAACCGCAAACAAACAAACCGACUGUUUGGUUUGUUUCAAAACACAGUUCUGUCUCUCUGUUUCUCACACGUUGCGUCUUCAUGUUUAUCUUCGUCUCGUUUCGUUUUGUCUCGUCUCUUGCCUGCCUCAGAGGCUGCCUUUCCAAAACGUCUGCUUUUCUCCUAAGUUAGACUUUUCUCUUAAGAUGUGAUGGUCAAUAUGCACCUUCUACUUUUUUAUUUUGAAGUCUGAUGGUGAUAGAUAUUUUUGGGACAGUGUCAGAAGAAAUGUAUUUGCUUGAUUCAAAAGUUUUAUUUAUGGGAAUAUUUACAAUAAAUGGUUGGAGGAAAAUCUGA